AUGCCAUCUCCUCUUUCAGCGUCCGAGACUUCCUCCGCGAAACACAGAGCCCAGGAAAACGGAGACACUGUUAUGGAUCUUCAUGUCAAUAAAAUAACAAAAGGGGAUACCACAGAACGUGGGGCUGCAGCCGUCAGUGACUGUCGACAGGACUCCCUCAACUCCUUCUCCUACGAUGGACAACCUACGCCCACGGGUUCACCGAGAGAACCCUCACCAUCCCACCAUUCAAGGCCCGGCCCUGUGAGAAAGAAUCUAAAGGAGAAGAUUCAUUCGUUCUUCUCCUCACAGUGGCAGCAGAAUGGUGGGCCAUUCCUCAUCAUCCUGUCACAGUUCUUCGCCGCCAACAUGAAUCUGUCAACACGCUUGCUCGAAAUCGAGGACGACCUCCACCCAAUGCAGAUUCUCUGCGCCCGCAUGACGGCCACUGUCCUGAUAACUUUUGCCUAUAUGUGGUACCGCCCUGUCCGGUCCGCGCCUUGGGGACCCCGGGAAACCCGCCCGCUCCUUGUCCUCAGGGCGUUUUCCGGCUUUGUCGGCCUCUACGGCAUGUGGUACUCCAUCAUCUAUCUCCCCCUUGCCGAGGCUACCGUCAUUAGUUUCCUGUCUCCCAAUCUUGCUGGCUAUCUGUGUCGAAUCUUUCUCAAGGAACCCUUUACCAGGCGCGAGCAGCUCGGUAGUUACCUGGCGCUGGGCGGUGUGGUCCUGGUCACACGUCCCAUGUCGUUGUUAUCCUCACCUCCUGAAGCUCCGGCGACCGAUGCGACUUCUUCUUUCGUGAACAACAACAACAACGACAAUAAUAACAGUACCAUGACCAUGUACGUGAUCCGCAAGGGCCUGGACUAUGUCCCGACCGUGGCCGAACGUCUGAGUAGUGUAGGCAUGGGCCUGCUGGGGGUUGUGGGCGGCGCCGUGGCCAUUGCAUCACUCCGAUGUAUCGGGCCGCGCGCCCAUCCGCUCAUCAGCGUGAACUACUUUAGUCUCUUUUGCUCUGUUGUAUCCAUCCUGACGCUGGCCGUGGCGCCGUUGCUUGGCUACGGACAAGACGCCCAAGGCCAGGGCGGGCUGCGGUUCGCCCUGCCGUCCGGGGCCCGGCAGUGCGGACUCUUGCUGGCCGUUGGCCUGGCCGGCUUUGGCACACAGUUUUUUCUCGCGACCGGUUUGUCGAAAGAGAAGAGCAAUCGGGCCACGGCCAUGAUCUACACGCAUGUGCUAUUCGCUGCCUUUUUUGAUCGCUUCAUCUUUGGACAAGUCAUGGGCUGGGUCAGCGUCGCGGGCUGUGCUCUGGUGGUGGGGAGUGCUCUGUGGGUGGCCCUCGGCAACGGGGCGACAGACGGAGCCAAGACAGGUCGUGAUGAAACUCGAAGAAGCGAUAUCGAGUCGUCAUUGCCGUCGUCUACAAGGUUCGUCGUAGGAGCGAGUGCUCUCUCCGGUGGGGAGGAUGUUCCCAUCCUUGCGAACGUCGAUGGAGAGGAUGUAGAAUACCUUGACGAGAAUGGAGAUAUUGAUUUAGGGCUCUUGCGGCCGCAUGGAAGUGAUUAA